CGUACAAUGACGACUUCCGGUUGUCAGACGAACGUUGCGUGUUGAGCCGCGAGAAUCUCUUUGGACUCAGUGUUUUAUUGUUUUUCGUGACAGUGAAUUUGUUUGGAAUUCGACAUUUAGUGGUUUGGGAAAAAAUACCGAACGGCGAAUUCAAAAUAAGAAGAACGCAGUCGCAAGUUUUUGGUGAAUCGUCGUCGUCACGAGCAAUAGAAGCACCUUCACGUUAGCGACGUGUAGAUGUCUCCCCCGGAACUUGCUCGAGGGGAAGAAUAUUGUCAAUUUUCGUCAGUCGUUGAUAUUUUGCCGUUGUGAGAAGUAAUUCUUGCCAAGUGCAUUUUUACGCAUUUGAUUUUACUAAAGGAGACAAAAAAGAAAAAGAAUCUGUGGAAACUGAGAGAGCGGACAGCGUUGUCGUCCGCUUGAAAAAGUAACGUCGAGGAGUCGACGUUGAAGAAAGACAUUUAGGUGUCAACGAAAAGGUUAACAGGAAAGAGGGACAGUAAAUUGCAGCAAAUAUGCCGGCCCCAACGACAGCAGAAGCGCAUGGCGAGCCAGGCCCGCCGAAGACGGAACUUCAGGAAUUGCAAAUCAAAUCACAGCAAACGGCAGAUGAGUCGCUGGAGAGUACGAGACGAAUGUUGUCGUUAUGCGAGGAGAGCGAGGAAACCGGAGCGAACGUACUGACGAUGUUAGACCACCAAGGCGAACAAUUGGAUCGAAUCGAGGAGGGAAUGGACCAGAUCAAUGCUGAUAUGCGAGAAGCUGAGAAAAACCUGACGGGAAUGGAAAAAUGCUGUGGACUUUGUGUACUUCCUUGCAAUAAGGGUUCCAGCUUCAAAGAAGAUGAAGGCACGUGGAAGGGAAAUGACGAUGGAAAAGUGGUAAACAAUCAACCGCAACGAGUGAUGGAUGAACGUAAUGGUGUUGGCCCACAAAGUGGCUAUAUUGCAAAAAUUACUGGAGAUGUUCGUGAAACAGAAAUGGAGGACAAUAUGGGUCAGGUGAAUACGAUGAUUGGCAACUUGAGAAAUAUGGCCAUCGAUAUGGGAAGCGAAUUGGAAAACCAAAAUCAUCAAAUCGACAGGAUCAAUCGCAAGGGCGAGUCGAACGAGACGAGGAUACAAGUGGCGAACGAGCGAGCCCAUCAGCUGCUCAAAUAAGAAAACAACUUCCAUGGAAAAAUAAUAAUUUUUUCGAAAAUUCUAUUUCGAGUUGCUACAAAUACUUAUACAUCCCCAUUUAUUUACAUUAUUGUCCCUUAUACUUAUUAUCGUCUCAGUGUCUACCUGUUCACUUACGUGCUAUUUGCAUAUAUUUACUUAAUAUUUAUCUCUAACAUUAUUAUUUGCCGGCGCAUCGUCUCUCAAACGAAAAUAAAUUAAUAAAUCUUACAACAGCUUCUUAAUAAACCGCUGAAAAUUAAAUAACAAAAAUAAUUCCUUUUCUCUCUUGCAUAGAUGAAAGAAAUAAAAUAUUAUAAUCACACGAAAAAAAGGAAUUCGAAAUAAAAAUUUGGGAAAAUGCGCUCGCAAAUAAAAAAAAAGACCUUUGAAGAACUGUUUAAAUAAGGCCAAGGGAUUUUCUUUUUUAUUUUUCUCACUCAUGCGCUGGUCGCACGAAUCUUUUUAUCAAUAAAAUAAAAGGGCCUAUUUCAUCGUUUUAUAUUUAAACAGUCCUCCCGAAUCGUCAAGUAUAUUUAAAAAGAAAAAAAUCUAGAUUUUCCGAUCGUUCCGAGUCCAUUAAAAAAAAACUUCACUUUUAUCUCUAAAAAAUAAAAAAAAAUAUUCAGCAAUUCUCCGUUAUUUCCUUAAAAGAUGUACGUAAAUUUUUUGGAGAAAUGUGAAUUUUUUCGGAAACAAAACAAAAAAAAAACUCUAUUUUUCUAGGAAACUUUUUUUCCAAAUACUGUAAAAAAGAAAAGAAAAGUGAAGUUUCGACGAAAGAUAUUGUGAACAGGAUUCGGAAUGUAUUGUUUGAUGGUAAAUUUGAAUAAUUCAAUCCCAUUUUUUUAGAAUCUUUUUUUUUGAAAUUUUUCAAAACUUUGUAGGUUCGAGAAGGUCUUAUCAAAAUAUUUUAGAUCUCGUUAAUUAAAGACCAUUGUCGGUGAACAACGAUUAUUAAAGUACGCAUAGCGUCCAGCGAUCGUCACUGAUUCAAAUUUGCAAUUUUCUUCAAUUUAUCGAAAAACAAUCCAAAAGGAAAUAUUCGAAAUAUUCCGAAAUAUUCUAAUUUACUGAAAAUAGAAAAUUAAAAAAUUAAUUUUGAAAUAAAUUUCGAAACUUAAAUUUAAUAAAAAUUUUUUUCUAAUUUAAUAAAAAUAGAGGAAAAAUUGUUUACAAGUAAAAGUUUAAUGAAUUCAAAAAAAGGUAGAAACAGUGACGUCGCUUUUUACUCUUUCCAUUUUUCAUCUUGAGAAUUUUUCGACCCCGGAGCGAUUCGUCAAGCGAAUACGGGGGGCGCUUUUUAUGGCGAAUUUGAUAGGCUUGUUAACAAAAAAAGAAAAAAAAAAGAAUAAAAAAUAAAAAAAAAAUAGAGGAACGCGUGUAGGAUUUUAGAAUUUUGCCUGCGAUUCCUAUGAAGAAUAUUUACACCGAAUUGUGCUGGGAUUUCCCGUUCGUUAUAAAAAAAAAAUAAUGGGAGGAAAAAGGAAUUUUUAUUGUGUUUUACAGCAGCGAAAAUUAGCGAACAAAAAGAAAAUUGUAAGAAAGAAAUUAAACGUAUUUUUACUUAUUUUGCGAAAAACAAGAAGUAAAAACUAACUUGUCUUUAAUUUUAAAAUUUACGUUUAGUUACUUUUUAUCGCCAAUUAUUUCUUGUAGAUAUCUCUUCUACGAAUUGUAGAGCAAGAGUGACGAAUUGUAAAAAGUCAAAACGAGAAUGGAGUGACAAUUUGAUGAGAGUUUUUAAACAAAAGGGUGAAAUUUUUCUUAUCUAUCGACUUUUUGGAAAUUUUUCUGAUUUUGUGAUUUUUAUUCUUUUUUUGUUUUAUUCAAAUUUUAUUCUUACUUGUGUUUUUAAUUUUACUCGUCUUUAUUCUAAUCUUACUUGUGUUUAUUUUAAUCUUACUUGUGUUUAUAUUAAUUUUACUCUUGUUUAUUUUAAUUUCACUCGUUUUUAUUUUAGUUUUACUGGUUUUUAUUUUAAUUGAAAAAAAAUUUUUUUCGAGAACAAAAAAAAAGUCGAUGACAAAAAAAAUUGCCCGGAAGUUAAACUCGACUCAUUGUAGCGUAGGUAUAUAACUCGCGCGCUUGUGAGCUCGCACUUGAUGCGAAGCCCUCAGGUCACAGUAAGGUUUAACUCCAAGAAAGAUAAAAAAAAACUUGUAUAUUACUGUAUUUACAUAAAGCUUGUACAUGUACUGUAGACAAACAUAGAAA